ACAUCCCUAGAUGCACAUCUGCAGAUAGCAGGAGGUUUAGUGUUUUGAGGCUUCUGAAUGACCAGGUGCACAGGCUGAUUUCAUUCGUACCAUGAAUCCGAGAGACAGCGUGGAGGUUAUGGAGACCAAGACAGGAGAUUCGAAGGAGAAGCUGAUUGGAGAGAAAGCCAUUCCCGGAAACGACAUCGAUGGUGAUGACGACAAAAUCCCCGGAGCUUUCACCUGCAACAUCUGUGGUCGCAGCUUCCCGUUCCUUAGCUCCUUGUCGCAGCAUAUGAGACGCCACACGGGUGCACGCCCUUACAAAUGCCCCUACUGUGACCACAGGGCUUCUCAGAAGGGCAACCUCAAGGUUCACAUCCGCAGUCACAAACUGGGGACGCUGUCUAGUCAUCACUCCAAUGAGGACGAAGAAGGUGGGGCAGAGGAAGAGGAAGCGAAAGUUUCGGAAGGUCUCAAUGGAAGCACAAGUCCAACUAAAAGCAGCUCUGCCUGCAACAAGGUGGUCAGUGGGGAUAGUGGUGAGGAAAGCCGGAGGAAAUUGCCUGCAAGGAACUUGAAAAGAGAAAAAGUUGUCACCAACCAGCGGCCUUUCUGUUGCCGUCUGUGUGGCUAUGAGGCCCAGCGGGAAGACCAGCUUCUCAGCCACAUUGAGAAGGUCCACAUAACAGCAGACACAGAAGAUGAUACCUUCACUGUAAAGGAAGAAGAGGUUACUGAAUCCGACACCAUGCAACCCCAGGGUGAUGGGACGUUCCCCUGUGAGACCUGUGGCCAGGUCUUUGCCCAAGCCUGGUUUUUGAAGUCGCACAUGAAGAAGCACGCUGGAAUACUUGACCACUGCUGUCGAAUUUGCGGAAGAAGGUUCCGUGAAGCUUGGUUUCUAAAAUCCCACAUGAAAACACACAACACCAAAGCUAGGUCUCGCUCAAAAACCGAUUCAGCCGAGCCUCCUGUCACCAUCAAUAAUGUAGCCCAGGAUGCUGAAACAUUUACUGCCUUUGUUACAUCUGUCUAUCAAAUGUGCUCCAAAUGUGGGAACAUUUUUCACAACAAAGAGAGCCUGAGAGCUCAUGAUAAAGUUCACAGUCAGAACUCUGGCAAAAAAUCUCCCAUCAGGUGCUGGCCCGGUGAUGACGAGGACUCACCAGCUGCUAAGAGACGUUUCCUUGAACACUUCAACCUCCAGUGUGUUGAAGAUAAGGCUCUAAAUGAAGAGAAGGACAGUGAGAAAAAGGUUCUUGGUCAAAAAAUUCCAGAGCUGGAUCCAGUUUGCAGCUACCAGGCUUGGCAUUUAGCCACUAAAGGAAAGAUUGUGGAGCCAGUGGAGCCUAUUAACAAGGCCGCCUUUGGAGGGGCAAACAUGGUGGAUGAAGCCCUUUCUGAAGCGGCUGUGGUUUUUGAGAAGGAGAGCAGCCAAUAUGUCUUGCAAAGUCAAGAAAAACGCAACUCGGGAAGACGCAGCAGCCAUACUUCAUCCAGCGACAGGACGCCAGAGAGCCUCAGCGACUCAGAGUAUCGACCUUCAUGUCGCCAAGAAAGACGGCGAUCGUCCCAGUCACAAGCCUCCUCCACUAAGGGCAAUGAGUGCUUUGAGUGUGGUAAGAUGUUCCGCAGCCGCCACCAAAUGAUGGUCCAUCAGCGGGUCCACAGGAAGGAUGGGGGCAGGGCAUCUUUUGGAGACAAGGAGAGAACCACAAGGGAUGAGCAAUGGGGCCCUGCCAGCGAUCCAGAGUCGGGUUCCCCCAGCCGACCCAGCACCCCAGGGUAUGGAGACUCCCCACCUGCCUCAACCCCGGGAGAACAGGCUUCUGAGAUGGGUACCUCAAACUCUGAAGAGCUUGCAGAUGAGAAGCCGUACGUCUGCAGCCUGUGUGAGUUCGUCACCUCGGACUCUCAGGUGUAUUCUGCUCAUGUUCACGUCCAACACCCGGCUGCCUCCAAAGACACACCCAGCCCCGCUCCCGGCCUCACUUCCAGCUCGGACGGCGGUUUCCCCAAACUCAAGCAGGCUUUUAUGCAGGGUCUGAACAACUCUCCUGACACUUACCUCUCAGCUUGUUCCUCCCCCAGUGAUCCCACCACGCUUCCUGUUGAUCUGUGUGUGAGGGCCGGGGGCGUCAGGGCGAUGAACUCCCUACCUUUGGACAGGAAGAACCUCCCUAGUCACAAGUGCUCCUUCUGCUCGCACACCACCCGCUACCCCGAGGUGCUCUGGAUGCACCAGACCGUGGCUCACCGCAUCAACAGCAGCAGCUCCAACCUGGCUCCUAAAUGGGCCGUUAAAAACAACUCCAAGGGCUCCAGAGAUGGCUCGUUGUCUUCCAGGAGACGCACCGGACCCCCACCGGUCCUGGAAGGAAGGGAGUGUCAGCCGUUGCCUCCACUGAUGCGCAGCCAGCGAACACGGCCCCCGAUCUGCUCCAGCGAGGUACCAAGGAAGAGCAGGCCAGGCGGUCAAGCCACAUCUUCAUCAUCCACUCCCUCCACAAGGAGCUCCUCAUCAACAUCAGGUAGCCAUGCUGGGAGAGUCCCUGUGCGUCCGGUCAGCUCCGUCAAACACACAGAAGAUCAGAACCAUCGCUUCAGACCCAAAGUGUGUCCUCGAGGAAACUCCCUGGCUGCUUCAGGCUCCACGGACAAGAACGCCAGGAGCCUCUCUCGCUCCUCGGCACCGAGCCCCAGCUCCUCCGCAGCUUCCAGGAUGUCCGACCGGUACCUGAUGCCUCAGGAGGGUCUGGGCUUCAUGCUGUCCAACAAACACAGCCUCUCAUCAGAGUACUACCGGGCCCAGGGCUCCCCUCAUCAGCCCCCCUCCAGCUCCCACAGCCAGAGUCGGCCCAAUGCUCUGAGGCCCGCCGCCGUCAGCCGGAGUUCAUCUGCAGCGCAGAGCUGCGGCACCGCCCAGACCCACGGAGGCUCGGUGCUGAGUUCUUCCUCCCCGUCCUCCUCCACUUCAGCACCUUUGGACGGUCGUAGAGAGGCGAAGCAGGAGCGGACUGCAGAGGCGCCGGAGAUGCGCACAGAUAUCCUCAGCUUCCUGAAAAACUACAGCCCACACGAGCUGGCUGCCCUGUACCACCGCUGGGGGGCAGCCAACGUCCUGCUGGACCCCACAGGAGUGCUGAGGUCGGCCGUGCGGCAGGGCCAGUAUUUCUGUCAUGAGUGUGGGAAGAGUUUCAGUCAGCCCAGCCACCUGCGCACACACAUGAGAUCCCACACAGGGGAAAGGCCAUUCAGCUGCCAGCUCUGCCCAUACCGAGCCUCUCAGAAAGGGAACCUAAAGACGCACGUCCAAAGUGUCCACCACUUGCCUUUUGACAACAGCCGGUACCCGGACGGAAGAGGCUUGACCCUGAGCCAGGAAGAGCGAGGAGACCCGGCUGCCAAACCCAAAACCACAGUAACAACAGACUAA